GCCUGCUUUUCGCUCGCCGUUCCGUGGCGGGAACUGAGGCGACUGUGGGGACAGGGGUGAUCGUAAGUCUCGUGGGCCCGUUAUUCUCAGAUUAGGGAACGGAACUAAGACUUUGAGACCAUCUUGUCCAUUUUGUAUCCCGGAAACCUCAGGAACUAGCCGGCGGCGGUGACCUGCACGAGAAGCCAGGCUGACCGGUAACCGGCUGGAGGAAUUGCAAGCCCGGUUCGCAUUCCCCACUCCUGCCCUUGAUGCCGCUGUGAGGUCUUCCACGUCCUUCGGGGCCCCAGCCUAGCCGCGCUUUCAUGCCCUGGCCGCGCCCUUUGGUGAAAUGGUGGUUCCGGACAGCAUCCUGCAGACCCUGGCUUUGGGCUGUAUUCGUGUUUAACAGCCCGAGGCAGGGAUGGACUAAUCCAAUAACGUUAUAAAAACCUUGGCCGCCAAUAGAUAUUAACAAUUUAUUUUAUUUUAUUGAGUAUAUCCCCAUAUGCCAAGCAAGAAACUAUGUAUUUGCAUACAUUCUUUUAUUUAACUCAGUUGUCCUAUGGAAUAGGCCUUAGCUCCUUUAACAGAAAAGGAAACCGGGUGUCAUAGAUGGGUGAAGUAACCAUGCAGGCAUUUCUUAAAGGCACAUCCAUCAGUACGAAAUCCCUGCUGACCAAGGAUCGAGGAGUAGCUGCCACUGCGGGAAGCAGUGGAGAGAACAAGAAAGCCAAGCCCGUUCCCUGGGUGGAAAAAUAUCGCCCAAAAUGUGUGGAUGAAGUUGCUUUCCAGGAAGAAGUGGUUGCAGUACUGAAAAAGUCUUUAGAAGGAGCCGAUCUUCCUAAUCUCUUGUUUUAUGGACCACCUGGAACUGGAAAAACAUCCACUAUUUUGGCAGCAGCUAGAGAACUCUUUGGACCUGAACUUUUCCGAUUAAGAGUUCUUGAGUUAAAUGCAUCUGAUGAACGUGGAAUACAAGUAGUUCGAGAGAAAGUGAAAAAUUUUGCUCAGUUAACUGUGUCGGGAAGUCGUUCAGAUGGGAAGCCGUGUCCACCUUUUAAGAUAGUGAUUCUGGAUGAAGCAGAUUCUAUGACCUCAGCUGCUCAGGCAGCUUUAAGACGUACCAUGGAGAAGGAGUCUAAAACCACCCGAUUCUGUCUUAUCUGUAACUAUGUCAGUCGAAUAAUUGAACCUCUGACCUCUAGAUGUUCAAAAUUCCGCUUCAAGCCUCUGUCAGAUAAAAUUCAACAGCAGCGAUUACUAGACAUUGCUGAGAAGGAAAAUGUCAAAAUUAGUGAUGAGGGAAUAGCUUAUCUUGUUAAAGUGUCAGAAGGAGACUUAAGAAAAGCCAUUACAUUUCUUCAAAGCGCUACUCGAUUAACAGGUGGAAAGGAGAUCACAGAGAGAGUGAUCACAGACAUUGCUGGGGUAAUACCAGCUGAGAAAAUUGAUGAAGUAUUUGCUGCCUGUCAGAGUGGCUCUUUUGACAAACUAGAAGCUGUGGUCAAGGACUUAAUAGAUGAGGGUCAUGCAGCAACUCAGCUCGUCAGUCAACUCCAUGAUGUGGUUGUAGAGAACAACUUAUCUGAUAAACAGAAGUCCAUUAUUACAGAAAAACUUGCCGAAGUUGACAAAUGCCUAGCAGAUGGUGCUGAUGAACAUUUGCAACUCAUCAGCCUUUGUGCAACUGUGAUGCAGCAGUUAUCUCAGAACUGUUAAAAAGUGAAUAUAUUUUGAUGUGGGGUUUUGUAAAUAAGGGGGUUGUAAUAAAAAUGACCAAAAGCACCUUUAAA